AUGCCAACGCUCAUCACAGAUCGAUUUACACCACUUGAUUAUACGGACUUGACGAAUAAUCAUGUGUUUUUGAAGAGCUACAACAAUGGCGUCUUUGGAUACAACCAGCAUGGCCACCCCGGUCAUCAUGAUGACGGGGACAGGCUCAACUCAGCAAAGCAGCUGAUUGGCGACGCUCUUCGGGAGCGCGUCGAAAACGUUGAUCACGAGUUCUGCGAACCCGGCGAAGAGGACACCUUUUUCGUGGCCGACCUCGGCGAGGUUUAUCGCCAGCAUCUCCGCUGGAAACUGAACUUGCCACGGGUCAGGCCGUUCUAUGCCGUCAAGUGCAACCCGGACACGAGGCUCCUGGAGCUGCUAUCCGCCCUCGGCACCGGUUUCGACUGCGCCUCCAAGUCCGAAAUCGAACAGGUCCUGAACCUGGGCGUUGACCCCUCUCGCAUUAUCUAUGCCCAGCCCUGCAAGACCAACUCGUAUGUGCGCUAUGUUGCCCAGAAAGGCGUGCGCCAGAUGACCUUCGACAACGCCGACGAGCUUCACAAGAUCGCGCGUUUAUAUCCCGAUGCGGAGCUCUUCCUGCGCAUCCUCACCGACGACUCUUCUUCGCUGUGCCGUCUCAGCCUCAAGUUCGGAGCUUCGCUCGAUUCCACCGACAGCCUCCUGGCUCUGGCAAGUGAACUGGGGCUCAACGUUGUGGGCGUCAGUUUCCACGUCGGCUCGGGCGCCUCUGAUCCUGGCGCGUUCUUGAAGGCCGUUCGGGAUGCCCACGAGGUGUUCCAGCAAGCUGCUUCCCACGGAUUCUCGCUCCAGACUCUAGACGUGGGUGGUGGUUUCUGCAGCGACAACACCUUUGAACAGAUGGCUGGUGUCCUCCGUGCCGCUCUCGACGAGUACUUCCCCGCUCACUUGGGGAUCAACCUCAUUGCGGAGCCCGGUCGCUACUACGCAUCCACGGCCUUUACCCUGGCCUGCAACGUCAUUGCCCGCCGUACCAUUGAGGACAUGUCGGCCGCCAGCUACAUGGUGUACGUCAACGACGGCUUGUACGGCAACUUCAGCAGCAUCAUGUUCGACCACCAGCACCCCAUCGCCAAGGUGCUGCGCUCUGGUGGCCGCACCAUGUACAACACUCCCGCCGCCGAUGCCACUGACGACGGCAUCGAAUACAGCAUCUGGGGCCCCACUUGCGAUGGUAUUGAUCGUAUCACCGAGAGCAUCAGGUUCCCCCGGUUGCUGGAUGUGGGCGACUGGCUGUACUUUGAGGACAUGGGAGCCUAUACUAAGUGCUCGGCCACCACGUUCAACGGGUUCACCAACAGCCAUGACGUCAUCUAUGUGUGCAGCGAGCCGGGUGCGAAGGCUCUGCUCGGCCUUGAUUGA